AGACUACAAGGUGUACAAGAAACUGAAAAGAAACGAUUUUAUGUGGAAUGACAACCACCCAUUUUGCCUCAUAUUAAAUAUUCAGCAAGAAAAAUUGAUGAAAUAAUUGCCAUGUAACUUGUGCAAUAUAAAACGACUGCGUUACAAUAAUUGAGUGAAGAGAACUUACUUCCGGGUUCAACGUCGCUUGUUCUUGAAUAUAUUGCUAGAUUCUGAGCAGCUAUCAUCAUGCCAGCGAACGCGAAGGUGACGAUACGGUACGGAAAGUACGAGGCGUGUGGUACAGUGGAGUACAGAGAAGACAGACUAGACGGUUUGCAAGCUGUGUUGAAGGCAGAUGGACAUGAAGUAGAACUGAAGCAAAUUGAAGACUGGAAUGUGGUGGAACUCAUCGUGAAUGGAGAAACAGUCUACACAUGCAACAUCACAGAACUGGACUUUGGUGGAGAUGGCAAGUUGGACCCACUAUGCGCAGAAGCAUUGCAGGCAGUACAGACGGCAUAUUAAUACAGCAAACAUGGCGAAGUAUGGCUACACGUCAGGAUUGAGACUGUUAUCUACCGAAUAGCUGAUACUACCUGUAAAGAUCAGAGUCUCUGUUGCAGGGGACUCUGAUCGGAUGUCUCCUGGCAAGACUGGUGAUUCUGCCUGAUUGCAAUCUCUACCGUCUGUACUAUAAAACUGUGCCACAAACUUUGUGAGUGGGACUGGUCAGCCAAACACUGAAUCGCUGAAAAAAAACUUUUUCAGAAGUUGAGUCUGAAUAUCUUCUGUACAAAGUGAAGAAAUCUGAAGUGUAUACAGUUCUGUUGCAUGUAGUGACAAGUUAAGGAGAAACAUGGUACAGUGACAUACAACAUGUAUCAUGUAUUGAUAGUGUCUGAUUGUCUAGUAGGCUAUUUUUACAUUUACCUUUACAAAUAACAAUGUGUUGAAUGCCUUUUAUAGGAAGCAUUCCUCUGUUUCAAAAAUUUGAAACAUGACCUAAGGGAAUCAUUAAGUAAAAUGACAUAUAUGAUCUA